AUGUAGAGUCAAUCGUACCUGAUAUUAAUUAAUGUGAUACUAGCUAUGAUUUAGAUAAUAAAUGUUGGUUAUCAGCUAUUCAUCGCUUAGGAGAAUAAGUUUUCACUAAAUUAACUCUAGGAAGCUAUCAAAAAGUUAAUUUAACCAUUUAUACUAAUUAAAAGUAUGAUUAAAAGUAGGCUAUCCAAAUCUAUAAGACUUACAUCAUUCAAAAUGGUCUUGAAAACAUUAAUAAAGCAUUUAAAAGCAAUGAAAGCCCUUCGAUUACUGUUUAGUAUUAUGGAUGUAUCGAUUUAUUAUCAAGUAAAAAUUGGAAUGAAUUCAUGA